UCAAAGUUUAAGGUUAUGUUUAUGUUUUAUUUAUAAUGGAGGACGAAGUAAUAAAUUUUUCUUGUUAAACUGCAUUUCACAUGAAAAAAUAGCAGAAUAGUGAUUGAAAUCGAAUACGAUAUUAGUUCGAAACGAAUACAGUAUCAUAUUGUGCAAAAAAGUUAGAAAAAGGCAGAAAAAGUAUUCGAACUAUCAUUGGCCGCUGUAUAUUGAUUGAGUAUGUGUUUUUAGGGAUGUAGGAAGGCUAUGCUAUUUUUUGAUAUGUAUGCCAAAGGAAAGGGAUCAACUGUGCCGUCAGAUGCUCAAGCAAGAGAAAAGUUGGCAUUAUAUGUAUAUGAAUAUCUACUUCAUGUAGGUGCACAGAAAGCAGCCCAAACAUUUCUCUCAGAAAUAAGGUGGGAGAAGAAUAUCACUUUAGGCGAACCCCCAGGAUUCCUGCAUUCGUGGUGGUGUGUCUUCUGGGAUUUAUACUGUGCCGCUCCUGAGAGAAGGGACACAUGUGAGCAUUCAUCAGAAGCAAAAGCGUUCCACGAUUAUGGUUUUGUUAACUCCGGUUUCGGAGUUAAUGGAAUGGGACACAAUGCAGGACCGGCUCCUAGUCCUUUAGGUCAGAUGCCUCCCUCUGACGGUAUGCCAGGUGGGCCUCUACCUCCUGGUUUCUUCCCAAAUGCUGGUAUGCGUCCGUCACCCCCCACACAUCCAGCUGGUCAACCAUCUCCCCAUUCCCAACCUCCCACCCCUCAUUCCCAGCUAAUGGGUUCUCAACCUUUCAUGGGUCCCAGAUAUCCUGGAGGUCCCAGACCAGGUGUCAGGAUGCCCAUGGGUAGCGAUUUCAAUGGGCCCGGUGGCCAACCCAUGAUGCCUAACAAUAUGGACCCUUCCAGACAAGGACCUCCUGGAAUGAACCCAAUGAACAGGAUGAACCCUCCCCGUGGACCUUCAUUGGGUCCGAUGGGUCCAGGGGGAUAUGGCCCAGGUAUAAGAGGCCCCCCUCCAAACAGUAACAUGGGAGGAGGACCGAUGCCUCCUAUGUCUAUGACGGGACCUGGAGGUCCUCCCCAAUGGCAACCUAACACUUCAACGCCUAUGAACUACUCCACAUCCUCACCAGGCAAUUAUGGAGGUCCACCAGGAUCAGCGGGACCUCCGGGACCUGGUACCCCAAUCAUGCCCAGUCCUCAGGAUUCUUCCAAUUCAGGGGGUGAAAAUAUGUACACCAUGAUGAAACCAGCUGUUGGAAACAACAUGCCUGGAGAAUUUCCUAUGGGUGGCGGUCCUGAUUCAGGUCCCAUGGGGCCUAUGGGUCCCAAUUCGAUGGGUCCGGUGAUGAACAGUGAUGGAAUGGAAGGUAUGAAGAAUUCACCAGCUAAUGGACCAGGAACCCCAAGGGAAGAUGGUGGAGGGGGCAUGGGUGACUAUAAUUUAGGAGGAUUCGGAGGUCCUGGAGAGAACGAUCACAGGGAAUCGGCUGCUAUCUUGAAAAUUAAGGAGAGUAUGCAGGAAGAGGCAAAAAGAUUUGAGAAGGACUCUGAUCAUCCCGAGUACUUUAUGCAAUAAUUUCCUUGACUUUUGGUCUUUUAGUUUCUGUCAAAAUUUUUGACUGCACUUUAUGUUUUUAUAAGUAAACUGUCCCAGUUUUGUACUUAAAUCCCUGUACAUAUCUUCAGCUAAGAAGAUGAUGAAAUAACUUUUUGUUGACUUAUAUAUUUUUCCAUGAAAUUUUUAACUAUUGUUCAAAGAUUUCUUAUUAGUACCUUUCAAAAAUUUUACUGAAUUAUUGCAUAUAUUAGAAGGCAAAGCUGCCUUUUACUACUGAAUUUUGAGAUAGAAAAAGUUUCUUGGGUGACUUUAUGACUCCAGUUCUGUAAUGUGUUUCUAAUGUUAAACUUACAUGUGUCUUUUGGAGGGGCAGGUUAUAACUGGUGUAGGGUUAUAACUGUUGAGUAGUUGCAUUAUCCUGGUAGACUCUAUUUUCUAAUCUGCCCUAUCCUUAUGUUGUUUAAUUUCUGUGAGUGUACAUGCAAUAGAUACUAAGUAUAAAAGGAAUACCUUUGAAUUAUUUAUUUAAGAUUAAUCUACUUUCUUGUAAAAAAUGUGGAAUAUUUAUAAUUGUAUUUUAGCUGAAAAAAUUAUUGACCCUUUGAUUUGAAAUCAAAUAUAGUUGGUCCACAUCACGAUUCUUUCUUGAGAUUUUACAGUUUUUCAACUGAAUAAAGAAUUUCAUAAUCAA